UGUGGUUGAGAAGGAAACUGAAUCAGCGGUGACAUUAGUGGAAUCAAUCAAUGAUUUAGUUGGUACACAUGGUAGUGGAGGUGUACAAUAUAUUGCUAAUGUUGGGCCAGCUAUAGAAUCAAGCAAUGUGGGCACUAGUGGUCCGGUUGGGGCAGCUAUAGAAUCAAGUGCAGAGGAAGGCAUAGCACAUGUGGUGGACUGGGAUAGCUUGGAAAUUAUUCCAAUUCCGGAAGAUAGAAUAGGUGCUGCUCUAGCUGUGAUGGAUGAUGAUGCAAUGUAUAAGUUACUUGGAUUGCAAGCUGAGGAUGACAAGGCUGAGAAUGAUGGACUUGAGGCUGAGAAUGAUGGACUUGAGGCUGAAAAUGAAACUAAUGUAGCUGAGGAGGACCUACAGGAAGCUGAAUUGCCUGUACAUAAUCUUAUUCCUGGUGAGGAAGCUGUGGUAUAUGAUAGGGAGAACCCUCCAAUGAAAGUAGGCACCAUUUAUGCUAGCAUGCCCGAGUUCAGGGCAGCAGUGAAGCAGCAUGCCAUAAAAGGGCAAUUUGAGCUUGGGACGGAGAAAUCUUGUAAAGAUCUGUACCGGGGUUAUUGCAAAGCAAGUUCAUGUAAAUGGCAUAUUGUGGCAAGGAUGAUGAUCCAUAACAAGCCGCAAGUGAAAGUUACUUUGAACACGGAAAAGCAUUUUUGUUCAUCCACAGGGAGAGUAAGGACCAAGAUGGCAUCAUACCAUUGGGUAGCAGAGAAAGCAGUCCCAUAUUUGAUGAAAACUCCCAACAUGAUGGCAACAAAGUUGCAAGAGGAGUUACAGGAUAAGUAUCAAAUAACAAUUGGUUACUCUACUAUGUGGCUUGGUAUGUAGAAGGCUUGUGAACAAAUUUAUGGCACAUGGGAAGAAAGUUUUGGAUACUUGUAUAGAUUUAAAGCACAAGUAGAGGCUACUAUGCCAGGAAGUGUUGUGGAGAUAGAUGUUGUAGAGAAGCCAGAAGGUGUAUAUUUCUGUAGAUUCUUUUGUUGCUUGAAACCAAGCAUUGAUGGCUUCCUAAAUGGGUGUCGGCCAUACUUGAGCAUAGAUUCCACAGCUCUCAAUGGGAGAUGGAAUGGCCACCUACCUUCAGCUACUGCAUUGGAUGGCCACAAUUGGAUGUUUCCUGUUGCAUUUGGAUUUUUUUGAUGGCGAGACAACUGACAAUUGGACCUGGUUUAUGAGUCAGUUGCAAAAGGCCAUAGGCUGCCCCCCCCCAGUUCUGUGUAUAAGUUCAGAUGCUUGCAAGGGAUUAGCAAAUGCUGUCAAAACAGUUUUUCCUUGGGCAGAGCAUAGGGAAUGUUUUCUACACUUGAUGAAGAAUUUUGUGAAACAAUUUCAAGGUCCUGCAUUUGGAAGGAUGUAUCCUGCAGCUAGGACUUGUCAGCCAGAUUAUCAUGAUUACCUGAUGAAUAAGAUUUGUGAAGCUAGUGACAAGGUGGCGCCUUAGUUGAGAACAAACCAUAGUCUAAAAUGGUCCAGGAGCAUGUUUUCAAAAGAGAUAAAGUGUGAUGCUAUUACCAACAAUGUGGCUGAGGUGUGGAACAAUUGGGUGAAGGAUAUUAAGGACCUUCCAAUAACUGAUAUUGCAGAUAGCCUCAGAUCUAAGUUCAUGGUGUUGUAUGCAAAAAGGAGAAGAAUAGGGGAAAAAUUUGCAGGCCAUAUCAUGCUACCAGUUGUAGUUCGUCAACUUAAUGCACUGAGUAGAGAGCUCAAACACUUAAAGGUCAAAGAAGGUGCAAGGGAUGAAGCAGAAGUCACUGAGAUCACUGCAACCCACAAAGUCAUAAGGCAUGUAGUCAACCUUAAAGACCAUGUAUGCACUUGUAGAGAGUGGCAAGUGUCAGGAAAACCAUGCCAACAUGCUUUGGCACAAAUUACCACAAUAAGAAAUCCUCCUUGGGAUGAAUACCUUCAUGACUACUAUUCUGUUAGAAUGUUUAGACAAGCAUAUGCUGGGGUGAUCAGACCAUUUCCUGACAAGUCUCAAUGGCCACAUGUGGAACUUGGGUUUAAGUUGUUGCCACCUCUUUCCAAGAGACCAGGUGGGAGACAAAGAAAGAACAGAUUUCCUAGCUUUAUGGAGGAUAAGGGAAACAAGCCUAGGGGCAAAGGCUUGUACCAGGUCCAGUGUAAGGGAUGCCUAGCAUUUGGCCACAGAUCUACCUCACCGAAAUGCCCUUUAAACGGAACUAAAAAGAGGAAGAGCCGUGCAAAAAAAGGGAAUGUUGGGAGGCCCCCUGGCCGUGGCAGCAAGAGGAAGAAGGUUGCAUCACAAGACGAUCCUGCACAAGCAGCGACAAGUAAUGCUGCUGAACCGCAAGCUGCUGGACAUAUUUUUUCUAUGACCAACAGUCCUGGUCCUGUCACAAGGAGCCAAACUGCUUUAAGCUUGGAAGUCCAAACAAGUCCUUGUGCCAACAUACAGAGAACUACUAUCACCACAAGUCCUGGUCCUAUGACUCGAAGGCAGCUGGCAUUAACCAUGGAAGGUGAAGCCACUACUGCUACGACCUCUCAUACUACUACUGCGACCUCUCCUACUACUACAGUCACCCCCCUUCGGAGGAAGCAAUUAGCUGUGAAGAAGAAGAUCACUCCAAGGAAGGCAAAAAAAUGAUGUUCUUCAUGCAAAACUGUUAUGUUUAGCUAAACUUGUCUUGCUGUUUUGUUGGGAAACUAUGAACCCCAAUACUAUGUUUCAUGGCUGCUUUUGUGGAACUGGAUGAUGUUGUGACCAUGUGUUUAUGUG